AUGCUGUCGUACAAAGCCUUUGACUUGGACCAGAUAUCUUUGGAAAAGAGAGUCGUGCUCAGAUGUCCUUUUAAACAGUGUAAUGCCAGAAUAAUACCGCUUCUGAAGGCUUUAGUAUCUUCAAAGAUAUCGAUAGACAAGGCUCCAGAAAUGGUUGCCGUUGGCCAAAUCCCGUCGGUGGAUGAACCUCGUACUGAGUCCACUUCUGAUUUCUACAAGGUCGACGACGUUUGGGAUUUCGACAACAUUGGAGUAUCAAGAGCAGUGGAAAACUUGUCCAGCCCAAUUGAAUUAGCUCUGGAUCCUGGUGAACCUGUGACUUUGAAUAUCGAACGUUUAUUGAUCUGCAGCGAAUGUGAUAAGGGACCACUUGGAUUCGCCGGAAUAAGCGAGAAAGACGCAGCUGACGUAAAGAACUUGAAGUAUUUCUUGAGUUGUAAUAGCGUAGUUUAUGAUGUGUAG